AACUCUUAUCUGGAGCUAAUAGGCUUUUUAUUGAGGCGCAGUAGGAAGGGCUCCAGGCCACUUAGUCUGCUCAGUCACACUCCCCUGUCUCAUUAGGCUGCAUACACAGACAGAGACACAAACCCCGGGACGGAGUUAUUGGACCGCGUUGCUGUCUGACGCGUGAUGAUGAUGACGACGAUGAUGAUGCUGCUGAUUCAUUUAUCUUGAAAAGCGCGUUGGUUUGGACCAGCACUUCAUUCAUUGCUUGGAGACAGAGGGAUGGAGCUGUCCAGCCCAGUGUGCCCUCCUGGUAACUGAUGAUGUGGGGGACACUGGCACACAUGGGCACAAAGAAACACAAGGUUCUGAGAAUACGGGCCUAAAUUGUUUUUCUCUGAAAGAGAGAAGGAAGCAGAUGCCAAAAACCGCUGAAAGGAAGUAACAAGCAACCGAAAGAGGAAGGAGCAGAAAAGAGUAAUAAAAUACAGAGUAAUAAAUAAAAGCCGCCAGGACUCAGUUGAGCGUCUGAUUGAGACUGAAAGCUCAAAAUGGAGCUGGUCCCGAAGACAAAAUACACCCACUUUCGCAGCGAAUCUCUCAGCUCGACGGAUGAUAGCAACUCCAACCCUUCUUUGCCCCCAUCCGCCCCUGUCACUCCCCUUACCCCUCCUGGUUUGCCCUCCUCGCUUUCUUCUACCUCUCUGACUGCAAUCCUGCCCCCCUCCUCCCCCCGCCCAGCCGAGAACAGCCCCACCACACUUUGCUCCUUCUUCCCCCGCAUGGGAGCUCUCCGGCUGGGCGUCUCGGCCACUUUGCUCCCAGGCCUGAAGGCUGGUAGUAGGCCCCAGCUGCCCCCGGACACCGAGGAACCCUCAGGAGAGCCCUUCGAGGAGAAUGUAUCCUCAUUAACCGCCCCCUCUCCCCCUCCCCGUCCCCCACAGGAGAUGAACCGGCUUGGGGGGGCCUCGCGGCGGGCGCGGGUGGAGGGGGGGCAGCUGGGCGGGGACGAGUGGACACGCCAUGGAUCCUUCCUCAACAAACCCUCCCGCGGCUGGCUCCACGCUGACAGCGUCCUCAGUGGAGCAGGAGUCUCCUACACUGUGCGGUAUAUGGGAUGUGUGGAGGUGCUGCAGUCCAUGAGGGCGCUGGACUUUAACACUAGAACUCAGGUCACAAGGGAGGCGAUCACAGUGGUGUGUGAAGCGGUGCCAGGUGGCAGAGGAGCACAGCACAGGAGAAAGCCCUCCUCUCGCUCGCUCUCCAUCCUGGGGAAGAGUAACCUCCAGUUCGCUGGAAUAACCAUCUGCCUUACCGUAUCCACCAGCAGCCUCAACCUGCUGGCAGCAGACUACAAACAGAUAAUCGCCAACCAUCACAUGCAGUCCAUCUCUUUCGCCUCUGGAGGAGACCCCGACACCGAAGAAUAUGUAGCAUACGUAGCCAAAGACCCCGUCAACCAGAGAGCCUGCCACGUCCUGGAGUGUCCCGAUGGUGCGGCUCAGGAGGUCAUCAGCACCAUCGGUCAGGCCUUUGAGCUACGCUUCAAGCAGUACCUGAAAAACCCCCCAAAACUGGUCGCCCCCCAUGACAGGAUGGCUCCUUUUGACGGGUCAGCGUGGGAGGAGGAGGAGGACGACGACGAAGGCCCCCCUGGCCCCGAGGUGGCCUACUACAACAACUUCCCCGGCAAGCUGCCCCCCCUGGGCGGGGUGGUGGACAUGAGGUGCCACGCCACCGGACCCACACUGCCCUACGGACAGCCAGGACAGAGCGACGUGCACAAGCAGCCUCACCCACCUCUCCCAGUCGCCGUCCGGGAAGGGAGUCGCAGCAUGUUUGAUGACCCUUCCUAUGUCAAUGUGGACAAGCCCCGCCCUCCCGCUGCAGCCAGUGAGCCCUUGGAGGAUGCAGCAGGCUUGCCUGGCGCUGCAGCACCCCCUCUGGCCAAACAGCUGCAGCGCGAGCCCUGGUUUCAUGGAAGCCUCAGCCGACGGCAGGCAGAGAAGCUUCUGGAAAGAGAUGGGGACUUCCUGGUGCGCGAAUCCGGCACCACCCCGGGGCAAUACGUCCUCACGGGGCUGCAGGGGGGCCACCCCAAACACCUGCUGCUUGUGGACCCAGAGGGUGUGGUCCGCACCAAACACCACCGUUUCGAGAGCGUGAGUCACCUGAUCAGUUACCACAUGGACAACCGGCUGCCCAUCGUGUCGGCGGGGAGCGAGGUGUGCCUUCAGCGGCCCGUGGAGCGGAUGGCCUGAUGCGGAUGAUCCCGCCCGGCGGCCCGCCCAAAACCUAUCCUGCAUCAGGGCCUGUGGCGUGCUGCAGGUAUCCCAGUGUGCCUUGUGAAAAAGGGGCCUACCUGUUCACAGUCAACCUACCCAACAUUCACCGUGGUUCACAGUGAAGGUCGGGAACUUGAGGGAAUUCAGUUUAAAUGGAAAAAUGGACCUCAGAUUGAACCAAGGCCACGGGAUCGUAAGCCUGUGUUUCUCUCUGCGUGGGACUUGGUCCGUGUUGGACGUUAACAGAGCCAGACUGUAGGAUGCUUUGCUUCCCUCUUAAUUUUAUUGUUGGGAAAUUCGGGUUGAAACAGUGGAAACAAACAGACGUUUCUUUCUGGAUUGGAGCCACGGAGGUUGUGCUGAGCCAUCUGUAGGUACACCAGGAGCAGCACAGUUUGGAACGGCUCGUGUCUGCCCCGUGCAUGCUAUCUCCUGGACCUUACAGACAGACAUGUGAACAGCAUUAGCAGGAAGUGAACCUGACGUGGUUGAAUUUGCAGUAAAUUUGUUGUUGUUCUCUCUUAAUCAUAUACAGUACUAUUGUAGCAAUCAUCACUUGUCAUAAGACUUAGGAAAUGCCAAAGAUGACAUGAGUAGGUUUUUGGCUAUAUAAUGUGGCAUAAUAUUUUCCAAAGAACCAAUUGUGUCUCACAGAACGGGUAAGUAGGGGGUGUUUCAAGUGGGAAAUAAGGGGUCAAAGUAAGGACAGGAAGGGAAGACGGAUAAAAGAGAUCGAGGUUCACCAAUAUUGCCCUGCUGCCUUAUGGGAACUGUAGGCCACCUAUAGGGCUGUCUGUCCCACCCUGGUAUCUUUGUCAUAAACUACGUCUUUGGCCGCUACUCUUCUGCAGUCACAGAAUCAGCACCAGAAUUGCACAGUUCACCUUUGUUAAUGGGAUUACCCUUUCUGAAAACAAACGAGCAUUUCAAAAUGGAAUCAAGUGAGGUAAUUAGCUGCGCACCAACUAGCAUACUUGUUGCAACCAAUAAAAUAAGGGGCAAGGAGCAUGGAUAUUGAUUGACACCUAGUUAUACUAUGCAGGAAGCACAAAGUAAUUAACUGUUACUUUCACAGCCUGUGUUUGUGCUUGGCGUGUAACCUCCUCAGAUUCCACUGACACUGCUGAUUCCAUUACUGUGGUGUUUCACGGAAAUACACAUGUAAAAACAAAAAUCUGGGCAAUUGAAGAGGUGACACUAUUGCAUCCUAAGAAAACUAGGAUAAAGUGAUAAGCUUAUUAGCUACUGCUGAAUUGUAGUUAGUAUAAAUUUGCAUUUAUUUUUUUGAAGUUUUCAACAAUUGUGUUAUCUGGGUUAAAUACAUUUUAGUUAGUUAGUAGAUGGGGGAAGGUGGUUGUUAAAUAGAAUUGGCCAUUUUGAAAAAUAAAAUUGCCCUUAAUGGAUGACAGAAAAGUAGUGGCCCAUCACAACUCCUGUGAUUCUUUGUUGUAUGUCUGUAGCUUUGAUGUAACGGUGCAUUAUGGGAAAUUCCCUAGGCCAUUUAGUCUUGAUUUGCAGUGACAAUCAGUGCAUACCUGUCAAGUAUCAUGUAUUUGACUUAAAUUGUCCUCUGUCGUACAUACCUUCACAUUCAUUUAUACAAGCUUAAAUGGUUUUGGCCUUUGAUGUUUUAAAAUGUUUGUCGGUUUUGUUUGUGUUGAGCUCUGUUCGCUACAGGAAUAUGAAGCCCAAGCGUGUGCUGUAAAGUCUCUCUCUCAUUACUCGUUACUCAGUGUUGUUUUUCUCACCGAAUACUCUGAGCAUGCACUUCUGAUUGGCCCGUGCUCUCAGGUUUUAUGUAUCAUUAGCUCAGAGGGGGGUCUGCUACCAAGAAACUUUUUGGUACAGUUUUUUUAUUGUUUUGUUGUUGUUCUAGUUAGGUUUUAGGAAUGAAUGUCUACCUCAGUGCU